AGGCGGGACAACAUGGCUGGAAUUUAAUGUACAGUAGUUAGCUGAUGAGGUGCCAAAACUGUAACGUUAUAUUGCUUUAAUUAGAAAAUAAAGAUGGUUUACCUUCAGCGUAAGGCGUAGUUGUUGGCCUAUUAAAAUUCUGUUUACGUUUACUUUUGUUAAAAGUUAAGCGUUAAUCAGUAACGUGUCGAGAGGGAUGUGUAGCUAACAUUAGCUCCAGAGUGCUAAUGAGAAGAACUCGCUAACUUGUGCUAACACGUAAACACGCUGGGUUUACUAGCUUCACUCACAGAGGUGAAUGAAAGACACCGUGGUUUGAGGACCUUGACUUCGGGGCUCAAACAGCAGGGAUGAAGAAGUGGACCUGGAGAGAGGGCCAGCGACCGUACAGGCGACAAGGGGGUGGUGGUUACCGCCGUGGCUGGCACAGAGACAACAGGCAAAGAUCAACACAGGACGAGCAGUGGUAUGGUCACAGUGAUGCAGGACCAUCCUAUAGAGCAUCUCAGAGGAGGCGUGAUGAACAGUCUGCUUCUUCUUCAUCCUCGUCCUCCUCGUCUUCCUCAUCUUCAUCUUCGUCUUCUUCCUCCAAUGCCAGCAGUGCUGCCCCAGAGCUGCCUGGUUUCUAUUUUGACCCGGAGAAAAACCGUUACUUUCGUCUGUUGCCGGGACAUAACAACUGUAACCCACUGACCAGAGAGCAGUUGCGGGAGAAGGAAAGAGAGAAACAGAGAAACAAGAUGCUCGCAGAGGAUGAAAAGCCCAGAAAAAAAGCACCAAGAACAGGACUGAACACUUCACUGCUGCUGCAGAAAAGACACCUUGGCUUGUUACCUGAGAACUCUUAUUGUAGGUUGGUCCAUGAGGUGAAGGUCAGUGGAAUGAGACGCCACAAACUCGAGAUCCAGAGCACGGACAACAGCAACCCCAACACUGACAACUUCAGGCUUAUAGUGGGAGACUCGGCAUGUGAGCGAGUGUUUACAGUCAACGAUGUCUCUCACGGAGGCUGCAAAUAUGGAAUCAUGAAUUUCAGCAGCAGCAGCCGGGGCUCUCUGUCUGUGGAGAUGUGCGAUAACCUCUACUUCACCAACCGCAAGGUGAAUUCCAUCUGCUGGGCCUCAGUCAACUACCCAGACUCCCAUGUGUUGCUGUGUCUGGUUGGAGUGGCAGACACCCCUGGCUGUGUCAGUUUACUUCCUGCUUCCCUCUUCAGUAACUCCAAUCCAGACCAACCAGGGAUGCUGUGUAGCUUUAAGAUAUCCUCAGCCUGGUCUUGUGCUUGGUGUCUCAACCCACAGUUUGACAAGACCUUCAGCACUGGCCUGUCUCGUAGGGUAAUUGUGAAAGAUGCAGAGACGGGCCGAACACAGACGUUCAGCGUAGGCAGCGAUGUCUUGGCUCAGCAAUUUGCCCUCAGGGUCCCUGUGCUGUUUAACGGUUGCAGAUCAGGGGAGAUCUUCAGCAUCGACCUGCGGCAACGAGGCCGCAGGGAUCAAAGCUGGAAGGCAAGCCGCUUCCAUCAAGAGUCAGCCAUCACCUCCGUCCGUGUCCUACAGGACGAGAACUACCUGCUGGCUGCUGACAUGCUGGGCCAGAUCAAGCUGUGGGAUGUGCGAGUGACAAAGCCUGUGCAGGAAUACAAAGGGCACUAUAAUGAGCACGCCUACCUUCCUAUUCACGUCAAUGAACCUGAGGGGCUUUUGUUGGCAGUGGGUCAGGAUUGCUACACAAGGCUAUGGAGCCUAAAGGACGGCCACCUGCUACGGACCAUCCCGUCGCCCCACCCGGCCGCAAACGACCUCAUCCCGAGCGUCGUCUUCUCCUCCAAGUUGGGCGGCUGCAAGGGGCUCCCCGGCCUGCUCAUGGCUGUCAAACACGACCUGUACUACUUCCCAUACAACACAGACUACCAGGAGGGAGGAGAGCAGCAGGCUGGAUUUUAUGAAAACACUGAAAAUGCUUCCUUUAACAGAUGAUUUCUAAAAAAAAAAAAAAAACUAAACAAAAACAAGUACACGGUAAUUCUUUUUAACCAAAUGCACAAAUUAUGUUCUAUUCAUAUACAAAAUCUAUAGGUAUUGUAUAAUUUUAAAGCCAGUAUGCGGUGCAUUUCCACAAGGUUGUACCGAACUUUUGUUUUGGGAGCUGACCUCAGAAAACAUCAAUGUCUCAGGGGAAUGUUAUUUUUGACUUGUUUGUGCCAAAAAAAAAUAGCAGUGCUUCAUACAUGAGUGCACACAGUUACUACCAUGAGACAUUGUGUACUGUAACCUUUUUCAAAGGAAGUGUACUUAUGUAAGACAUGAUUAACUUUGAUUUUUAAUGUGAUUUAGGGUGUUUCUGAUCUGAAUUUGAAAAGAAUGAUACUGUGUUUACUCUGUAGAUUGACACAGUUUUUUUCCAGUUGCUGUAAAAAAAAAUCAUUGAACACAGUGAUAUAUUUACAUUUUUUCCUUAAAUGAGACACACAAACUCACACAAUGAGUCUCUGCAGUUUAAUACAUACUGUAUGAGUAUACAUGAA